GCUGCCCUUCUGGCGCCCGUCGAUGAGGACUUGGGAUCUGACAAGAAGCAAACUGGGGGAAGCAGCAGAGUACCAGACUUCCCUCCUCCAGCAGGCCGGGAGAUCUUGUUGCGCACCUGUGUGCCGCGACCAGCAGCGUACUCCAAGGCGCUGCCUCAGCGGCUCUUCUGUGUCCUGAUGAGGGAGGAGUUUAGGUUGACCGGAGGCUUUUCCACAGACACGUCCUUCUUUUAAGUCCUGUGAACAAUUCACACCUGGGAUAAAGAUAAGUGAAGGACACAGGAUGGAGACUUUCACAUGUAUGAACGUGGCCAUGGAGUAAGAUCAUAGAAAUACAUUUCUUCAUUUGUUUGCUUUAUUUGUAAGAACGGUGCAAUAUUUCAGCAUCUACGGCUCGCCCAAGCUUAAAAGCAGGAAGUAGUAUAUUACUGGCAUUGAUUAAGAAGCAUUUAUGGCUUUGUCUGGAAAUAUGUGAAACUACAUCCUUCUGUGUAUUCAUAAAGCUGCAGCUUCCCGCGGAACAGUUCCCUAAAACCUUCAUUUUACCUUCAAAGUUUCUCUUGAUGCCUUUUUAAGGAAAUGAAAUUUGUCGUUAGGAUGGAGUUCCCCAUCCUGCACUCACCACACGCUAACACAACCUUCUCAACUCUGAUAUUUAGUAGAUUAUAUUUCAGUUGCAGGGAUUGGUCCUGAUGGUAAACAUGAGAGUCGGUGAGGACUUCAUGGGUCGUUUCAGCUGAGCUCCAUCCUCCAGCAUGUCCUGCUGCUGCUGCUGGAUUAACACACAGCUGUUUGUUUGCAUCCAACCAGAACCAGACCGUGCAGUUCUUAUUCCUGUUCAUAGCCAUGUUUAUACACCUCUGCAGCCCCUCCUCCUUCAGCCGGGACAUUUGUUCUAGCCUUCAUUCAUAAACUCGGCUUUCUAACAUGCAGCUAAAGUUCAGUCUGCAUGCUCGACCCAGACUCCUGGCAGCUGAAGUGAAAUACCUGGUCAUGGGGUAAAUGCUGUGGCCGGGUUCAACUCUGACCUGAGGCCCUUUAUUUCUCCCUCCCUGCUUUGCUGUCUGGUCUUCAUUGUGCUAUUAAAUACAGACAAAAA